AUGCAGAGUGCGGGUUACUCCAUUGAAGCUCGAGACCAGUAUUCCGAGUUUGUUAAGCAAUUCGUGGUCUCGUCGCUAGGCCCACGUCCAAUCAGCACCAAACUGGGCACCCGCCUCCCUCACUUUGACAGCUUCUGUUCCGAUGACUUCCCACCAGCGGAGCUGAGUUGGAACGUCGGACUAAAGGGAUCCAAAAUCAGAGUGGGAUCAGAGCCCAUCGGACCUUUCGCGGGGACCUCAAAAGACCCCUUCAAUCAAGAUGAGCCCGAGGUGGUUAUGUCAAGGCUCCUACGACAAGGGAGAGGUCCAGUUGACGGCGAGCUGUGGGAGUUCUUCAAGAAGCACUUGCACGUUGAGGCAAAGUACGCCAACGACAUUGUGUCCAAGAUGGCGCCGAACGAACACAUGACGACAAAUACCAUCUCAUUCGACUUGGAGGGUGAACAGCCAGCGCCAAAGGUUUACUUCUAUCCCAUUCCCAUCUCUCUGCUGCAGAAUAACUACGCCGGCGAGCUCAUCACCGAUGUCAUUGCUCAGCUACCGCUCAAUCUAGCGCCUUAUGAGAAGCAGCCUAACAACGAAGCCAUCCUCCGACUGGAAUUGAUCGCCUUCGAUGCCAUCCGCCCAACCGAUGCGCGCUUCAAGAUCUAUCUACGUACCAAGGAGACGUGUCUAGCACGAGUUGAAGAGGUCUACACGCUAGGUGGCACUCUCCAAGGUGCAGAGAUUGAUGCAGGCGUAGACUUGAUCCGAUCGUUCUACAUGCACGUCCUCGGUCUCACCGCGCCGGAAGAGGAUCUCGCUCACAGCUCGCAUCGAACGGCGGGUAUCAUUUUCAACAUGGAGCUCAUGCACGACCGCCUCGUUCCUGUGCCAAAGGUGUACAUCCCCGUACGACACUACGGAGGGACGGACUUGCGUAUCGCUCAGUCAUUGAGCAACUUCUUCCGGGCGUGUGGAUUCCCGGAUCUGGCUGACACAUAUGUCGAUGAAGUGCAGAAGGCCUUCCGAAAGCAGGAUUUCUCCAAUACCAUCGGACGGCAUUCCUAUGUCGGUCUAUCAUAUAAAAAGGAUGGGCCUUAUGUCACCAUGUACUACAAUACAAUGACAUUUUCCGUAGGGGAUGAGCGGGAUGGGGAUGGCAAACUCGUUGGACCUGCGGCCAUGAAGCAACGGCAUUUGCUGGAUUAG